AUAGACUGGCCUCAUAACGUAAGCGCAGCAUAAUAAAACAUUAGUUGCUUAUGCAUUUUUCUGGAAGGUCAUGUUUUUACAAUAAAAUAAUGCAUACUUAUUUUAUAUAUCAAUUUAAAUAAAGACAAUAUGGCAAAUAAUCGUGUAUUGCAAUGGGCAACAUUUGCUAGAACUUGGUGGAUAUUUGAUGCAAAACAUCAGUGUCCCAUAAAGUCAUCAAGGAAGAUCGCACACUAUCUUCAGGGCUUUCAUAAACCAGUGUAUCACCCACUCAGUGAUAUUGGUGACCAUGUGGUAGUAUUCAACAGUAAACACAUUGCCAUGAAAGGAGAAUACUGGAGAACUUGGAAAUACUUCCAUCACACUGGGUAUCCACGUGGAGCUUCCUGGACCUCAGCAUGGAGGAUGCACGACAUGGACCAAACAAAGAUAAUAACAAAGCACGUAUACAGCACUCUACCGGGAACUCUGCUGAGAAGAACAAUGAUGCGACGACUGCAUGUUUUCCCAGAUGAAAACAUUCCUGAGGAGAUUUUGAGGAAUGUCACAGAUCAAAUCCACCAAGUACAGCCGAUACCCAGGAGGCUGGAUGAGUAUACCAGUGAGGAAAUCGAAAACUUCCCACAACUGUUUGACUGGCCAGAAGAGUUUGUAAUAAACUACGGAAAGAAGAAGCCCCCAAGAUGACGUGUGUUGAUCCACCAAGUGCUGUACAAGACAGUUUGAUUUCUAGUUGUGUGUGUCUCCGUGAAGUGAACACAAUGAGAUAUUUCACAGUGUGAUGUCUGAUGUUUGUCCUGAGGUUUAGUCAGUCAUGUUAACACUUCAACUUGAGGAUUCAUGCUGGAAAUAUUUCUGUUUUAAGUCGGUGUCAUGGCUGUUAUUAAGAUAAUAUGGGUGGAGGUCAUUUCCUACAUGCAGUCAUAUUUCCAGCCUUAUGGGUGGAGGUCAUUUCCUUCCCACAGUCAUUAAACUCAAAAACGUAUAUUUAAUUUGUUUGCCUUUUUUACUACUUGUUGACAUGUUGCUGUAUGACCAAAAUAGCAGAUGAUUUUGUUCCCUGUAGAGUUUUAUUAUGUCUGUACUGUGUGCUGCCUCCUCCCAAAUAACAAAAUUAUAAUUGCUACAAAAACAACUAAUUUGUGUUCUUUGUAAGUAAAUGUUUUAAAAAGUAUUAUCAGUCAUAUGAAGUGAAAAAUAUGCAGUUAGCGGAUGAGAACCUGUUCAGUGUGCCAUAACCAAACCAUGUUCCGUGUACCCUAAUCAGAGAUGGGUUCAGAAUAUAGUUUGGUUCCCACUCAUUCACACACUUUUAAUGAAGUGCAAACAAAAUAUGAAUAAUAGUAAUAAUGAGCAUCUACCAGACUUAUGACCUCCGCACCAGUGGUUGCCUCAAGAUCUCUGGUCCGACACUUAGUGCUGUAACAAAUGUUCAUAUGAAUAUCCUGCACUUACAUGUUGGAAUAAAUAUUUUAUAAAGA